AUGAGAGCCCCGCUCGUGGCGCUCGCGCUCGCCGCGUUCCUCGCGUGCGCAUCCGCGCUUCCGACGCCCUUCGCGUCGCCACUGACCGACCGCGCACCUCGUCGACACCUCGCCCGGGCCCUGCUCCAGGACGACCCCACCACGGCCACCGACGCCGCGUCCACCUUCAACGCCGUCAGGGACGUCGUCGACAGCGUCGAGUCGUCCUUCGACAGCGUCUACGAGACCGUCAAGUCGUGGGGUCCAUCCUCCGCGCCCGCGGCGGGCGAACCCGAGCCCGUCGACGUCGACGAAGAGGAGGGCCAACUCGAGCUCGAGCCAGCCGAGGCUCCCCCGCCGGACCGACGCCGCGCGAUACUCCAGUACGACGACGAGUACUACUCCGACUACUUCGCCGCGGCGCCCGAAGCGGCCGUCGAGGACUACGACUACGGCGAGGCCGGCGCCGGGCCCGUCGGCGCUCCCGCGCCGGCGCCAGGACCGUACGGCGGGUGA